CUGAAACAUCGGGGCUUAAACCCUAAAAAGCGAACGGCUCCCCUUGGCAAAAACCCUAUUUUCAUUGUAAACCCUUACCACUGACGGACGUAGAGCUUCUCGUCUCCAAUGGCGUUGUAUCUUCUCUACGAAUCUGCAUCUGGAUACGGACUGUUUUUGGCCCACGGUAUUGAUGAAAUUGGGCAAAACACAGAGGCUGUUCGUAAUUCAGUAGUCGAUCUUAAUCGAUUUGGAAAGGUUGUAAGGAUUGCCGCUUUUAAUCCUUUUGAAUCAGCGCUUGAUGCUCUCAACCAGUGCAAUGCCGUCUCUGAAGGCCAAAUGACAGAAGAACUGAGAAACUUCUUGGAGCUCAGCCUUCCUAAAGUCAAAGAAGGUAAGAAACCAAAGUUCAGCUUAGGAGUAGCCGAUCCAAAAAUUGGGUCUCACAUACAAGAAGAAACCAAGAUACCCUGCCAAAGCAACGAGUUUGUUCUCGAGCUCAUUCGAGGCAUCCGUUUGCAUUUUGAUAGAUUCAUCGACAAUCUCAAGCCUGGUGACUUGGAGAAAGCUCAACUUGGUCUCGGCCAUAGCUAUAGCAGGGCAAAAGUCAAGUUCAAUGUUAACCGUGUUGACAAUAUGGUUAUUCAAGCAAUUUUCCUUCUAGAUACUCUUGAUAAAGAUGUCAAUUCGUUUUCCAUGAGAGUCAGAGAAUGGUACUCAUGGCAUUUUCCUGAGCUAGUCAAGAUAGUGAAUGACAACUAUCUGUAUGCUAAACUUGCAAAAUUUAUAGAGGACAAAUCAGAGUUAUCAGAAGAUAAAUUAUCAGGUCUAGUAGAUAUACUUGGUGAUGAAGAUAAAGCAAAGGAAGUGGUUGAAGCUGCCAAAGCAUCAAUGGGGCAGGAUUUGUCACCUGUUGACUUGAUCAAUGUCAAGAUGUUUGCUCAGAGGGUAAUGGAGCUUGCUGAGUAUAGAAAAAAGCUAUAUGAUUACCUUGUUGCUAAAAUGAGUGAUAUAGCACCUAAUUUGGCUGCAUUAAUUGGUGAAGUUGUUGGAGCUCGUUUGAUAUCUCAUGCUGGUAGCCUCACAAAUCUCGCCAAGUGUCCUUCAUCUACCCUUCAAAUCCUUGGUGCUGAAAAGGCCCUUUUCAGGGCUUUGAAAACUAAAGGGAACACUCCAAAAUACGGGCUUAUUUUUCAUUCAUCUUUUAUUGGACGUGCAUCUGCUAAAAACAAGGGUCGAAUGGCUCGAUAUCUAGCAAACAAGUGUUCUAUUGCUUCUCGAAUCGAUUGUUUUUCAGAGAAAAGUAGCACAUCAUUUGGUGAUAAACUUCGUGAACAAGUUGAGGAGCGGCUUGAUUUUUAUGAUAAGGGUGUUGCUCCUCGUAAAAAUAUUGAUGUCAUGAAAGCUGCUAUGGAAAAUGAUUUAAAUCAAGAUACAGAAAUGGAGGUGGAGAAUGUUUCAUCAAAGAAAAGCAACAAAAAGAAAUCUAAAGAGAAUGAGGCUAGUGAUGAUGGUGAUAAAGAAAAUACUGCUGCAAAUGGAGAAUCUAAAUCUGAAAAGAAGAAAAAGAAGCGAUCACUUGAAGAAAGAUUAGAGUCCAAUGGCAAAGAAAAUGGUGAAGAAACUGAAAAGAAGAAAAAGAAAAAGAAGAGCAAAGUCGUUGAGAUAGUUGAUGCUCCUACUGCUGUUAGUGAAGGCAAGAAGAAGAAGAAGAAAUCAUCUGUAGAGUGAAGAAGAUGUGUAGAUCUGAAUUUAGGGUUGAAUUGUGUUGUUUCCUAGCCAAUAACAAGCUAGGUGACUUCACAUCGAAUUUUGUUGCAACUUUGAAACUUAUAUUUGUGAGAUUUUUGGGUUUAUGGUGAAUCUUUGGUAUGCUAUCAACUUUUUGUAAACAUAUACUAUAGACUUGAUCUCUUAACGAUUUAUAUGCUUACUAAUGAAUAUUUGGUUGGCUUUGUCAAGUAAACUACAAAAAUAAUGACUUAACAUAACUACUUUGAAGCAAGGUUUUCAUCAUUAACAAUCUAUGCAACUUUAAAACCAAAUGUUACACUAGUGCAAAACCAAACUACCGUUUAUGCAUGUAACAUAAGAUCAGGAAUUGAAAAAAGUAGACUUCAAGGUUUUUUAUUUUUUUAUUUUUUUUAAAACCAUAAACCAGUUAUUAAAUGGACCUAAA